AUGUAUUUGAAAGAUGUUGUUUCAAAGCAUUUAAUUAAAGAGGGACCGGAAUUUGAUGAUGAUGAUGUGAAUAAUAGGAAGAGUGAUGGUAAUGCGAAAGUAAAGAGUUUUGCGGAAGAACAAGAGGAGUUGAAGAGGGAGUUUUUAAAGGAGUUUGAGGAGGCUGCCAACGUUGAGGAUGAUGAGGAAAGGGAUUUGAUGGUUGAGUUUGAGCGGAAUGAGGAAUUGAAGCAUUUGAAGAACUUGAAGAAAAAGGGGAUUAAAGAGAAAUUGCAAAAAAUUAGAGAGGUUGCAGGAAUUGGAGAUGAUGGCACUUGUUUGUUGGACAAGGAUGAUUUGGAGGAAGAAUUUGAUCCCGAGGAGUAUAACAGGAAGAUGAAGGAAGCAUUUGGUAAUAAGUAUUAUGAUACGGAGGAUGUGAAUCCAGAGUUUGGGAGUGAUAGCAACGAUGAUGCGGCUGAGUAUGAGAAACCUGAUUUUGAUGAGGAAAAUAGGUUGCUUGGACUUGCAAAUCGUUGGAACGAGGAGAAGCAUACUGGAGAUGGGUUGUUGUCAGCCAGACAAAGAAUUUUGGAAAGCAAGUUAGAUUGGAAAGAUGAAAGUGAUCUUGUAGAAGAUGAAGAAAGUCCUAAAGAGGGAGACUUGAAAACGAGGUUCAAGUACAAACCUGUCAAGUCCAAAAGAUUUGGACUGAGCACCGAGGAGAUUUUGAUUCUGGAUGACAAGGAGUUGAAUCAGUAUGCCUCUUUGAAGAAGUUGGCUCCUUAUAGGGAGAUGGAAUGGAAGGUACCUCUUAUUAAAACAUACCAGCAAAAACUGAGGAACAAGGCACUUCUCGAAGGAGAGACAUCAAAUACUAAUAAUAAAGUUAAUAACAAGACACGACUUAAUGGUCUGGAAAAACCAAAAGUAGUUAGCGUGGCAGAAAAUGAGAAAUCACAAAUGGAAGAAUCAAAUGGUGAUACAACCAAUCUCUCCAGACGAAGUAAGAGAAGGAAUCAUCAAGCAGAACUCAAACUAUCACGUUCGAGGCUUAUGGCAUAUGGGAAAAUCCAUUCCAAAUCUAAGAGUAAGAUGCACUAG